UUGACUCAUUUGUGCAUGUAUCCUCAUAAACCCUCUACAUUUGUAUUUGUCCGAUCUCUGUUGUAUUUUGUAUUCAGGGCUAACGUUUCGUGGAUUGCGAGUAAUAAUAGUUCCACUUUUCGUCUAACCUGGACGCUGUUUCUUGGCAAUAAUGGAUUAUUAUGACUCCGAGGAUGACAGGGUGGAAAUCAAGGUUAAAUUUGGAGAUACUCUAAAGUGUAUGAAAAUUUAUGAUCAACCCAGGAUGGCUAGUUUGAGGAGGAAAAUCCGUGAUUCAUUUAACAUCCCUGCCAAUGCUGACUUUACCCUGACGUAUACUGAUUUUGAUGGUGAUGUGGUAACAAUUUGUGAUGAUAUUGAUGUGAAUAAGGCGUUGGGACGGGGCAGGAUCUAUGUCAAAUUGAGCAACAACAAAGGUGUUAACUUCUACGAGGCUCAAUCUGGUGGAAGUGGUACUACUUCUACCCAACUAAUUACUUCUCUUCAAGUCCAGCAUCCAUGUCCGAAUAUCAAAACCGAAGUCAUUGCUGAGUGUUUAAAAUCAGUGCCACAACAGAUCUGUGAAGCACUUAAACUACAUGAAGCACUUUUAAAGAUUCCGGAGGAUAUAGUUUCUAAAGCUGCCACUGGUCCUGUUCUUGUUGAGCUUGCUGAUUUUAUAUCAAAGAUCACACAAUCCUACGUCAAUCUGGAUUCGCAAAGUACUCGAUCUCGCCCAGACUCAACAACACAGAAUAAAUAAAAAAUAAAAAAAUAAAAAAAAAAAUACUCAAAAUUAGGCUUUGUUUUUGUAGUUUUGUUUCCUAACUUUGAUUGUAUGGUAGUCUGCAUAGAAUCCAUGAUAAUGAGAUGGACAAGAGGCUGCUGAACAAAAUUAACGAAGGAAGUAUUGAGCAUGAUGUAAUGGAUCUCAUAGUGGGAACGGGAAGAAGGCUUAAGUUGAAGAACCUUUCCCAUAUAAUAUGUAAUUUAU